AUGAAAGGUUGGGUGAGUUUUUUGGGAAAAAUUGGGGAGUUUUGAGUGAUUUUCAGAGUCAAAAUCUUUUCAAGAAACACGAAGCCUUAAAACAAAAAGAGGGGUUGUUUCUGAAUAUUUUUUCAAAAAAGCCAAAUUCAGAAAUCUUAAUAGAAAAUUUGGAAAACUUGAAUCAAUAAAUAAGUUAACAUAGUUCGGCCCUGGCUUGAAAUAUGUGCUCUAAAUUCCAAUAUUCCAAAAUUAAAGCCGUGAUUUUUGAACAACCAAAUUCUAAAUGUGACUCUCUCACUCUUUAUUUACCUGAAAACAACGCUGAAAAAUGUUUGUUCCAGACACUUCUCGCAAUCUUCUUCAUCAUUUUUUGCACCUGUCAAGCAUCUGUUCCAUGCAGAAGUCAAUCAGAGUGCAGAAAAGGGCCACGAGUUCUUUUCAACGAGGAGCCCAAAUAUCCAAACAGCGAUUUGGAGUUGUUGAGAAAACUCCAAAAUCAACGUGAUGCUGAACUCGAAAAUGAGGAUAUCCUCUUCCCAGAACGUCCAUAUGGACCAAACAGCAAGAGAUAUUAUACAAGAUUUUAA